CAUGGUGAAGCCAUUUGCAGUCCAAGCAAGUGUGGGGUUGAGCGAGCUACUUUGAAACUACUAGCAAGAUGCUUUCUCCCUGCUGAUGAGAAGCAACCUCACAGUGUGAUGCUGCCACCAUACUUCACAGUAGGGAUUGUGUUUCAGUUUCAGGUAUAUGGGAGGGUGGCACAAAUGAGGCCAUUAUUCAUAAAGCACUAUUUUAAUUCAUGUCUGGAUUUCUCCAGAAAGCAGAAGAGUGACCCAGCUAUGAUGUGGGAAGAAGUUAUAUAUUAGACCAAGGUGGAGCCUUUUAGCCAAUAUUCAAUACACUAUUUUGCUAGAUUGCCAGCCUUUCCUCACUUGUCACUCUCCUUAACAUUUCUUUAACAUUUGACGUUGUAAACCACUGGAUCCUACCUUCCUGUGCAACAGCUUGGAAUCAAAAGAACCAGACUGAAUGAGUUCUUAUCUGUCAGGACCUGAAAUGUCAGGACUUUGUCCUCGCCUCUUUCUGCCAGUGGUUAAUGCGGCAGCAAGGAUUUGCUGCAGAUGGAGCAGUGGAGGCAGCACCCGACCCCCAACCCCACUGGGUGCCAGAAUUCUGACCAGUCAUGACCACAUAUUCCAGCACAACAUGUGGGACCAUGUUAAAUGGUCAGAGGAAGAUGAAGAAAACGCAAAGCAAAAAGCAAUGGAAAACUCCUCUGAGCCAAUUCCAAUGGAGGAGCAAGCUAAAUUUGACAUAGAGGCUUGUAAGUACUGGGACACUUUUUAUGCUGUGCAUCAGAACAAGUUCUUUAAGGAUCGUAACUGGCUGUUCAGGGAGUUCCCAGAGCUUCUUCCUGGCGGGGAUGAGGACUGCCUUCUGGGCCCUUGGUCUUCCUGUGGGGUCACGGACAAGGGGCAGCAGACACUGGUACUGUCAGGCAAACAAGAUCAGACGGUUGAUGGCGAGGGCUGCUGCCUCCAUGAGGCUCCAGACACUGGUGAUUUCCCUGGAAAACAAGCAGCCUUCCGGAUUUUAGAGGUUGGAUGCGGGGCUGGUAAUAGCGUGUUUCCAAUCAUUAGAUCUAUAAGGGGCACGAGAACAUUUCUGUACUGCUGUGACUUCUCUCCACGAGCCGUCCAGUUGGUGAAGGACCACCCCAGCUAUGACCCAUCUCUCUGCCACGCCUUUUUGCAUGAUGUCUGCAAGGAAGAUGCUGCCUUUCUCUUUCCGCCUCAGAGCCUGGAUGUUAUUCUUUUGGUCUUUGUGAUGUCGUCCAUUCACCCUGCAAGAAUGCAAGGGGUUGUGAACCGAUUGACCCAGUUCUUGAAACCCGGAGGGAUGUUCCUGUUUCGUGAUUAUGGCAGAUAUGACUUGUCACAGCUCCGAUUUAAAAAAGGUUGCUGCUUAUCUGAAAAUUUUUAUUCACGUGGAGAUGGUACUUGUGUGUAUUUUUUCACAAAAGAAGAAGUUCGUCUUUUAUUCAGCAAUGCUGGUUUGGAAGAAAUUCAGAAUCUACAGGACAGGCGGCUACAGGUCAACCGACGGGAAAAAGUAGCCAUGCGACGAGUUUGGAUGCAAAGUAAAUUCCGGAAACCAAGCUGACAACUUGAAAACUAAGGUGUGGCUGUGAUACAGCCAGAGAGCUGAAUUAGAGUUGCUUGGACUUCAGAGAACAUGAAAGGUCCUCUUCUCUUCUUCUCAUAAGCCACCAAGAAGGUGACAGUGGAUAGUAGUUCAAGAGCUUCUGUUCCAUUGUCCCAGAUGGAAAUUAAGUGUGGCAAUGUAUUUUGAGAUUAAGUCAGUGAAAGCACAUUUUUGAAGAAAAAAAAGUUUUUUUUUUUACUUGUUUUUACUAUAAUGUACUCAGUUAUGAUGCAAUACACUUGGAGUAUAUGAAAAUAUAUUUACAGUAUAUUGGGUCUAAUGUGGUAGUUCUAGGCAAUCUUGGCAGUUACUUAAGUCUGUCUGUACAGUAAGACACUGACCUGCAGUACACUAGCUGACACCAUCAAUUAGGUCAGUACACUACUAAUCAAUGUUAGCAAAGUAAACAUUUAGACUGAGGAUGUGAUACACUUUAAAACCAGGCUUUUAUUUAUGGCCCAGAAAUGUUAACGCAUCAAAAUGUUUACUGAAAAUACUUGUAU